AUGUCUCAAGCAGCGUUCGGCAUCACGUAUGAGGCAGUAGAUAGUCAAGGUGACGAUCACCGCAUCCGAGUUUUGGCUUUGAAGCCUAGUCAGGAUCCAUCUGAGCCUAUCCACAUCAGCUUGUCAGUUAUCAAGCUCAAUGAUGACCCGUCCUUUGAAGCGCUGUCUUACUGCUGGGGAGACGCCACGGACAAGUUGCUCAUCUUUUGCGAUGGAGUACCCUUCCCCGUCACCAAGAACUUGGAGUCUGCACUGCGGCAUCUGCGGCAUACCAAAGACGAGCGAACUUUGUGGAUCGACGCGAUCUGCAUCAACCAGAACAAUAUUCCUGAACGAAACCAGCAAGUCAGCAUCAUGAAAGACAUAUAUCGAAAGGCUCGUCAUGUCGUGAUCUGGCUGGGAGCUGCAGACGAAGAUAGUGACUUGGUUUUCCCACUGUGCGAGCGCAUGGUUGAGAAGAGACUGGGUCUUCUCGAGUUUGACGAUCUCUCGCAGGGGCACAAUGACGUUUACGGUCCCAAUAAGAAGAAGUUGAUGAAUCAGAGGCUUGCAGCAGCUAAAAGGCGUCGUGCACUGGCCAAAAUCACGACGGGCAUCGGUGAAGCCAGCAGCGACGCCGCCGUAUCUGGCACGACCGCGCAGUCUCCAUCCGCAUCUGACAAGCAAGUGGACGCGACGGACGAUACAGAAGAAGACGAUGAAUCUGCUGCUACUUCUGAAGAGAUUACGGCUUUUUUCCGACUGCUAUCGCGCCCUUGGUUCAGCCGCUGCUGGGUGCUCCAAGAGGCCUGUCUGGCUGAAGAAGCAUCAGUUCAAUGCGGCAAAAAGUCCAUUGGCUGGCUCGAGUUCUGUGCGGGCUGGACGAUCUCCGUCGUCAUGGGAACAAAGGGACUUGAGGGAAGACCUGAUAGGAUUCUCAGAAACGGCUUGAUCUUGAUGAUACUGGUCCAGAGCAAGAUGUCGAGUGCAGAUUCGACACAACAGGGCAUUGACCUUCUUUGGCUUCUUCGAAAGGUGCUUCCACUCGAUGCGACGGAUCCGCGAGACAAGGUAUACUCCAUUCUGAGCCUUGUCAAAGGCGACAGAGCCCGGGAUUAUGGCAUAACGCCCGACUAUACUCUGUCGGUGGAAGAAUGCUACAAGAAGACCGCCAUGGCAGUCAUGUCCCAGAUGAAGAAUCUGGAUGCACUUAUUCUCGAUCACGCAACAUCAUCACCUCUCAACCUGCCGUCCUGGGUCCCAGACUGGAGUCAUUUGCCAUCUCCUGCUCCUGUCAUCCUUGACCUGAACUCGGAAGAGAUGAGAAAGUAUGGGACUGUAGCACCACCCGUCUGCGCCUCAAAGUCUCAACAGUGUAUUCCGGCUCUCAAAGACGAUGGCCUGACGCUUUGCUUGUCGGGAUACGACUUUGAUCAGAUCGUGGAGCUGGAGGAUAUCCUUACUGUCCCCCGGAUGGACUACAUGGACCUUGCCAGCAUGACCUCGUCAGUAGCAGAGUUCAAGAACUUCUGGAAAACACUGUUGUUGGAGCUUGGCACCUAUUUCGACACACUGAUCAAGUGGGAACGGUUUGCAAUGUCCAAAAGAUACGCAACUUACCCGACUGGCGAAACCCAGGAGAUGGUGUUCGCCAUAACAAUGUGUACUGGCAACAUCGAGAGCCCCGAGCUUGUGGUAGAGAGGUUCAGGAAAUGGCAAAAAGCUCUUUGGGGGCCUCGACUCAUGUCUGGCUUCAGAUACCUGGGUAUGAAGGGCGGGUUUUACAAGUCGCUUGUCGCAGCCGCGGGCAUAGGCUCAGCCAUGGGUACCGCUGACGAUAGGGUGUACGCAACAGGGACUGAAACCACGCUGUAUCGUUGCUUGGCGAGGACCAAGAAGGGCUAUCUGGCUGUUGUUCCGAGCCAAAGUAAUGUGGGGGAUCAGGUCAGCUUAUAUGAGGGCGGCAAGUUCCCUUUUGUCGUCCGGUCUAGAACAGGACAGGAACCGAAGCAAUUGGUAGGGCCGUGCUAUGUCCAUGGAAUCAUGUAUGGGGAGGCAUGGGAUCAGUCGUUAUGUCAAGGCGUUGAAAUUAUCUAG